UGCCAAAACUUGUUUGUUCGUGAGCUUCCCUUUCUUCAAACAUUUCACUUCUACAUUUUUCUGUACACAUUUCUGUCUCAUACUUAUACCAAUAAAUUACAGUGAAUUACGAACUCAAGAAGACCCACGUUCAUGGAUAAUCCAGUGAGUUCAUGGUUCUCUGAGCUGGGAAUGGAAGAUUCAUUUUUCAAUGACCAAUAUGAUGUCAUGGACUUUCUUGAUGAAGAAUUCCUGAAUGCAAAUUUGUCCCCGGAAGGGAAUACUUAUUCCUCCACCUUCAUUCCAAUAAGCACUUGCAGUACCACUUUGUCUGCACUUUCAGCUAUGGAUGCUCCUCCAAUUAGUGCUGAAAGACCGGCAAAACAGCAAAAGUCCGAUGACUUGAACUCUUCCAGUCUUGGAAACAUCCCAAAUCAUCAUAAUCAGCCAAUGAUUCUCACUUUUGGCAAUCCAGUUAUGCCCGCAGAAAUAAAUCCACAACAGAUAAAUCUUGAGGAUGAUGCCGUGUCUGAGAUUUUGAAGUCCCAUGGUUCAUUUGUAAACCUUGAGGAGGCAACCAGAAGUUCCCAGAAGAGAAAGAAAACAGGUGGCCGCACUAGGCCAGCAUCGCAAACUUAUGAUCACAUUGUAGCAGAAAGGAAGCGCCGCGAGCAGCUCAGCCAGAGAUUUGUAGCUCUAUCAACUCUAGUUCCCGGCCUCAAGAAGAUGGAUAAAACUUCUGUUCUUGGAGAUGCUAUCAGUUACUUGAAACAUCUUCAGGAGCGAGUGAAGACGCUGGAGGAACAAGCAGCGAAACAGAACAUGGAAUCGAUGGUGCUUGUGAAGAGAUCACAGCUCCUAGUUGAAGAUGAAGGAUCAUCAGAUGAGAUGGGUGGCUCUGAUGAGCAGCCACUCCCUGAAAUUGAAGCUAAAUUAUGCAAUAAAAAUAUUCUUCUCCGAGUACACUGCCGAAAUCAUCGAGGGGUGCUGGUAAAAAUUCUUUCUGAGGUGGAAAUGCUGAAUCUUACUGUUAUCCACACAAGUGUUGCGCCAUUUGGACGUUUGGCUCUUGAUAUUACUCUUAUGGCCGAGAUGGAGAAAGAAUUCAACCUGACAAUGCAGGAAUUAGUUAAAAGUAUUCAAUCCGCCCUUCAGCGGGGCAAACAAGGCGAUUGAAUGCUGUUCGACGUCUGGCAGUUAUCUACUAGUGCUGAUUGACAAGUAUGCAAAAAGAAAUUGUAGUGAAGACCAUGAAUGUAGGAAGGCCAAGGUACAAGGAAGUAGAAUUUAUGGAUGACCAUGACCGUCUUGAUCACGGGAUUAGACCAAAAAACAGUAUCCUCGAGGGUCUCGUGGGCUUUUGAUUGACUAUGUUGUUUUUCAUUUUCUCGUAUACUAAUAUAUUACCAUGUCCUCCAGAGGGAUUUUCCUGAUUGGUUUUCCA